CAUUUCAAAUGCUGAGCCAAAACCAGCCGACCCCGAGAAACUUAAACUCGAAAAAUCAAUCAUUAGGUUAGAGAAAGAAAUAAAAAAAGCAGUAAAGGAUUAUAAUAUUAUCGAUUUUGGGCAGGCGGAGAAUAAUAAACUUCACGCUUUCAAAAAAAAAAUCCAAGAAAUCUGUAAAAAAACGGAAAAUUUAUUCGGAAGAGAAUUUCGUGGAGACUCGCCAAUUGUUUGGCUGAAAAAUAUUGAUAAGAUUACUGAUUCAGAACUAAAAAAGGAACUUUUAAAAGUGGUUGACCCAAGUCAAAAUACUAACUUAGGAAAAUUAGAAAAGCCGAUUGAUUUAUCCCAAUUUACUCUGGUGGCUACCACUUCCAAAAACUCGCCCCAAACUGUCGAAUGA